CUCCCCCCCAGCUGCUUGUUGUUACUUGCUAACUAAGUAAUACUUCCCCUCAACCAUUGACGACUGUAACUCUCCCCUCUUAUAAAUCAUUACAGUCCACCUCUUGUGAAGAAAUAUUCGAUUUCCUGACCAUCUCCUCCCCAUAUUCAUCGUGACGACAUCUUCGCCCGCCACCUCUCUCACCCUCAUACUUUCUGAAGCUUUCCCUCCAUCAUCAGUCUGCCCCUCCUUCUCCUCAAUCACAAACAACAACAUAAGAUCACCACCACCACUACCGUUACCAACUAAAUAACACCCCACUACAUCAUGGUUGACCGCGCCAAUCGUCCCUCAGCAUUGAAUGCUCCUGCUGCAGCUGCCCCAGGUGCCCAGGUUGACAUCGUCGGAGAGGGUGCCAGCGCAAAGGUCACUGCCACAUUACCCUCCGGCGAGAGCGUCGAGGUCCUACUCUACGGAGCUACCGUCACGAGCUGGAAGAGCAAUGGAGGAAAGACUGAGAACCUUUUCUUGAGCGAGGCUGCUGCCGUGGAUGGAAGCAAGGCUGUCCGCGGAGGUAUUCCUGUCGUCUUCCCCGUAUUCGGUCCUCCACCCAAGUCCGGCCACGCAACCUCCGCCCUCCCACAGCAUGGCUUCGCACGAACAUCGCGCUGGGAGUAUCUCGGAAAGUCCAGCUCGGAGGACGCCCUCGACGGCAACUCGGUCAAGCUCGACUUCGGCCUCUACACCUCUGGAUUGAGCGAGGAUGCGCGCAAGGCAUGGCCAUUUGACUUUGGUUUGGUCUACAGCAUAACUCUCGCAAAGGACAGCCUCCAGACGGUCAUCAAUGUCCGCAACGAGGGCGAGAACAGCUUUGAGUUCCAAUUCCUCCUCCACACAUACCUCAAGGUUCAGGACAUCUCCAAGGUGGCCGUCAACGGCCUCCUCGGCGUCCAGUACGUCGACAAGGUCCUCAAUGCCUCCACCCACACCGAAUCGAAUUCGUCCGUCACCAUCUCCGGCGAGGUCGACCGCGUCUACUCCUCGAUCCCACAGGACACGACCUCGGUUCUCGAAGACGGCAAGCCCCGCUACGAUGUCGUGCGCGACAACUUGCAGGACACCGUCGUCUGGAACCCGUGGAUCGAGAAGGCCAACAGCAUAGGAGACUUCCAGCCCAAGGAUGGCUACAAGAACAUGGUCUGCAUCGAGGUCGGCGCCGUCAACGGAUGGCAGAAGCUCGAGAAGGGCGAGGUCUUCGAGGGCGGACAGGUGAUCAAGAGUUUGCUAUAGGCUCUUGCCAUGAUAUCUCUUCAAAGCUGAUGGAUAACUAAAUCUUCCGAGUCAUAGUGGUAAAAAGGUUUAACGGAAUGCGGCGAGCUGAACUUUCAAGACCAUUAGGAGAUCUACCCCAGCAGCAGUGAACGAAUAAAUAAUGAAUAGUUACGACCAUUUUCCAUAUGUCCUGUAAAUGACGUGCUACAGGAGUACCAUGAAGUCAGUUGGCGGCAAACAUUGUGGUCGUUGGUACAUUCAUUUGGUCUGCUGACAGGACAACAAAUUGAUUGCCUCGCAAUCAGUUCAUCAAUACUAUCAGGAUGGAUUGGCAGUGAUUCGUGUUGGUGGUAGGGCUCAGCUGUCUGCUGCAUCCAUACAAACGAGUGGUCUGUGCACUGAUUCAUCCA